CCCGCGCUCCUUCACCAUGCGUGCAAUGCGUUUUCGCCCAUGCAUCGACCUGCACAAUUCAAUCGUCAAGCAGAUUGUUGGAGGAACGCUUGCAGAUGGCAAGGAGCCAACCACCAACUUUACCUCUUCUUUGUCCGCGAAGGAGUAUGCGGAGAAGUACAAGAAGGACAAUCUCCCUGGAGGCCAUGUCAUCAUGCUAGGCCCAGGAAAUGACGAGGCUGCACUUUCUGCUCUGCAGGCCUACCCUGGAGGCCUGCAAAUCGGCGGAGGCAUUAAUCCAUCGAAUGCUAAACAAUGGUUGGAUGCGGGGGCUUCACACGUCAUUGUUACCUCUUACAUCUUUGAGAAUGGAAGUUUGUCGAUGGAGAAGCUGAAAGAGCUGUUCGCCGUGACUGGAAAAGACAAGCUGGUCCUCGAUCUCAGCUGUCGAAGGAAAGAAGAUGGGAAGUAUUACGUUGUGACUGAUAGAUGGCAGACUUUUACUAAUCUCGAGGUUAAUAAGGAAACAAUUGAUAUGCUCUCCGAAUAUUGCGCCGAAUUCUUAGUUCAUGGUGUAGAUGUGGAAGGAAAGAGAAUGGGUAUUGAAGAGGAAUUGGUUCGAUUGCUAGGCGAGCACUGUAGCAUUCCAUGUACUUAUGCUGGAGGAGCUGAUCUUCUUAGCGAUCUUGAUCGUGUGAAGGCUAUGGGUAAGGGAAAGGUCGACUUGACUAUCGGGAGCUCUCUGGACAUCUUUGGAGGUCCCAUCAGCUACGAUGCUGUGGUGCAUUGGCAACGUCAGCAGGAGGCAAGAGCGUCGGGAGAGGCUAAGGGAAUGUUUGGAGGAUUCGGCCGAACAUACAGUUAAGGCGUUUGGUCGAGGAAUUUCGCGGUCUCUUAUUAUACCCUCGAUAGACUAUGCGAUAGAAAAAUCUCAUAAGGAUCGAUUGCUGAUCCUCAAAUAGACUACAACUCAUCG